AUGAACAGAAAACCUAUACUUAGUGUUAUGCUUAAUGUCAAAUUCCAUAUAUUUGAUAUUACAAAAUCUAUCUGUUUAACUAAUUUAAAAAAAUUAAAGUGUCAUAUAGGUACUCAACCAAGACCAUAUACAAAUGCAA